AUGGACCAGACCCACACACGAGCCCUAGAGGCUCUCCAGCCAUUUAUCCACCUAGCCCGCUCCAACAACGCAGGCUCACCUCGCUUUAUCGCCAGUUUGAUCACAAAUGCCACUUCAAGCACACAAACCUACGUCUUCGCAGAGCUACUCGAGCUGCCGACAGUCCAAGCAUUACGGUCACCAGAUACUCCAGCCGAGUUCAAGGGAUAUCUAAAGCUACUAGAGAUCUUUGCAUGGGGCACAUGGCAAGAAUAUCAAACGACCCCAAACCUCCCCGAGCUGAACACCGAACAAACACUCAAACUUCGCCUCCUCUCACUCCUCACCCUCUCAACAACAAUCAAACCCCUCACCUACAGCGCCCUGAUGACCGCCCUCAGCACCCCCACAAAGGCCGAGCUCGAAUCCCUCGUAACAACAGCCAUCUACGCCUCCCUGAUAUCAGGCCGCCUCUCACCAGCAUCCAACCCACCAUCCGUGAACGUCACAGCUGUUGCCCCACUCCGCGACGUCCAACCGCAGUCCCUCCCCAAGAUGAUCGCCACCUUGGGCGAGUGGGAAUCCCGCUGUGGCGAGGUCAUCUCCGAUCUGGAGGUGGAGAUUGCGCGCGUCAAGAGCGACGCUGUGAAGCGUGGUGUACGCUCCCAGGCGCACAAUGAGGCACUCGAGGAAGCUCUUAAGAGGAAGCAAAAUGCGGGGAAGAAGGGUGGUCGGCGUGGUGGUCGGCUUGGCGGUGGUAUUGGAGGGAGUAAGAGGGAUGCAGACGAUAUUGAUGAAGAUGAUGGGUUCUUCGAGACUUACGAUGGGGGUGAGCAUGGCUCGCGCAUGGAUAUUGAUGAGACGCCUGGUGCUCGUGCGGGAAGCAGUCGGCAGCCAAAGAGGGUGUUGGGGCGCAAGUCUUGA